AUGUCUUCAGCCCGCUGCACUCCUAACUUAAGCAUUUAUUCCACUGGGAUAGAAGCGGCGGGAGCAGCGUUGGCACCGGCGAACCAUGGCUGGGAUUUUCUAUUUCGUCCUCUUUUCGUUUCUCUUUGGGAUUUGCGACGCUGUCACCGGUUCUAGGGUGUACCCCGCGAAUGAAGUUACCUUGUUGGAUUCCAGAUCUGUUCAGGGAGAACUUGGGUGGAUAGCGAGCCCUCUGGAAGGAGGGUGGGAGGAAGUGAGUAUAAUGGAUGAAAAAAAUACACCAAUCCGAACCUACCAAGUGUGCAACGUAAUGGAACCUAGCCAGAAUAACUGGCUACGAACUGAUUGGAUCACCCGGGAGGGGGCUCAGAGGGUGUACAUUGAGAUCAAGUUCACCUUGAGAGACUGCAACAGUCUUCCGGGUGUCAUGGGGACUUGCAAGGAGACGUUUAACCUCUACUACUAUGAAUCAGACAACGACAAAGAGCGUUUUAUCCGAGAGAGCCAGUUUGCCAAGAUUGACACCAUUGCGGCUGAUGAGAGCUUCACCCAAGUGGACAUUGGUGACAGAAUCAUGAAGCUGAACACCGAGAUCCGGGAUGUAGGGCCCCUGAGCAAAAAGGGGUUUUAUCUGGCUUUUCAGGAUGUGGGGGCCUGCAUUGCCCUGGUCUCAGUCCGUGUGUUCUAUAAGAAGUGUCCGCUCACCGUUCGCAAUCUAGCCCAGUUUCCAGACACCAUCACAGGGGCUGAUACGUCUUCCCUGGUGGAAGUUCGAGGCUCCUGUGUCAACAACUCAGAAGAGAAGGAUGUGCCAAAAAUGUACUGUGGGGCAGAUGGUGAAUGGCUGGUACCCAUUGGCAACUGCCUAUGCAAUGCUGGGCAUGAAGAGCGGAAUGGAGAAUGCCAAGAAUGGAAAUGCAAGCGCACUGCAUAUGUUGACACCACAGACUUCACCCUGCUUGGCCACAGCGCUAUCUUCAGAAGGCCAUGAUCAUAUGCAUUCUAUAAAGUAGAAGAGGAGGACUUUGCAUGAAAUGUUUUUGGAGUUCAGUUAGUUUUGAGUUCAAGCUCAUUUCACAGGGCAGAACAUGGGCACAUAGCCUGACUUUGCAGUGUAAUUAAGUGGAGGCAGAUCAGCUAAAACAACAUCGAAAUGUGGAAGAGCUUUGGGUUAGCUCCACAUGGUCUGACAAAGUUUGAUGAUGCUGUUCAAAGUCCAUUUGGGAUGGAUUAUUAGGGAUUAAAGAACAGCAGAAGGCUCUGUACUUGUUGUGUUCUCUGGUGUCAUUAGUGGAUGAGAAAAUUCAGCUGCUUAUCUGGCUCUUGUUUCUAAGGAUGGAUUUAAACAGACCCACACUUCUCAAAGGUGAUCUUACUAACCUCUUCUUAAUAAGUUACAGAUCUCAAAUUGCUCAAAAUCCUUAAAAUACCAUUUGAAGUAAGUUGAUUGAUAAUUAUCAUUUCCCCUACGUGUACAGAUAUUUUCCACAGCAGUACAAAGCUAAAGUACAGUUUCUUAAUUACCCAGAUAAUCCUGUUUGCUUGUAUUUUUAAACUAUGAAGUGCUGGGUAAUUAUUCAAUUCUUAAUAGAAGGCAAAUGGCAAUGUAAACAAUAAUUAGGAUGUUAGACAGACUAACACGCUUCAAAGCAAAUUGGAUUUUUUUCAUACUGUUCAGCAUGAUGUCCCAUAAAGCUAACAAUUGAGAAGCAAGGCAGAAAAGGUUCCAUUUUGUUCAUAUUUUAUGGCGUUAUCUCUUCAUGGCUUGUUUCCGUGAAUAGCAGUUUGCCCCAAUGAAGCUGGCUGUGCCCAUGCCAAAUGUUUCCGGAACAAUCGCUUCCCUGCUGUUUGACAUUUGGCUCUGUUCUCCCAGGACUCCAGAUUGGUCCUUUGUCUGCUUCAGAUCCCAGGGGUCAGAGGUUAACAGAAUACUGAUUUCCUCCCAUAAUACCAUGGCAGGUAAAUAUGGGCCAACCUCAUGAUCAGUUAAGACAGCUCAGUGAGGAAUGCAGUUCUCAUGGGCUUUUGUCCUUAAGAUGCCAAGCUUCCCAGCUAUCAUUAGGAGCACCACUGUCUCUUUGAUAGGGUAUUUUCCAUUGCUAACCAUUCAGGAUACCCCACAGAAAUACACGACCUGAAAACUGUGAGCAGAUCAUUGCUUUGGAUGAGUUAAUUUUGCAAACUUAAUAUGGGAAUACUUCACCAUCGUUGCACACUUAAUGGUGUCCUGUGGUCUUAUCUGUGCUGUAUGUUUCAUUGAUGAAAUAAUAAACCAAUGACAAAGGCGGUAGUAGACAAAGAUACCUUAAUAAUGUUGCUACAGCUCCCUCUGCCUUUUUCUCGUCUUAAUGGUGUGUUGCCAGUUAGAGGUGUAAUUAAAUGAACAAUCAAUUUUAUUUUCCAUUUUUGUCACUUAGGGAGACGUCCAAGCAUUCAUCAAUAUCAGUGUUACUAAUGUGUUACAUCAGUUUAAUUACAUAAGUCUUAAUUUUUCUCCCCAGGAUUAAGGCAGGCGAUCCAAUAGACUAUUUCCUACCUGGUUGUGAUGCACACACAGGCUUUCAAAGUUUAAACUAGGUUUCAAACUUUCCAACUUCUUGCUGUCAUCAGUUAAUUUUAGAACCCCUUUCUCUGCAUGAGUUCUCCCAUUUCUAAUUGGCCAGACUCCCUCACGUUGCACUGUGAACUUGAUGCUUGGGUUCAUUUGUUUUCAGUUCUAAGUGUUUGAAGAAGACAUCUCCACUUUGAAAAAACAGUUUCCUUUUGAAGCGUCCAGCUUGGCAAUGACUGUAGCAUCCCCCAGGCAAAUUAGCAUGUUAAAAGACCGGAUCAAUACCUUUCUGGCCCCUCCAUCCUUCUUACUCUCUUCAGAGGGGGAAGAGUUUUGAAGAACCCUAGGAGGCCCUUGACAGAUGUGCCAGGAGAUUUCAAGAGGAUUGUUCAUUGCCGAGUUGGGAACAUUGACAGUUUGAUCUAGUGCCCAGACUGCGUCUUCGCUGGUCAUUUGAAAACGGAUGCGGGAGGCAUUGACAGCUUCGAGAAAGCUGUAGCAGUUCAUGUAAUUAUGGAGAGGAUUAGAAGAAAAGUGUUGGGAGGAAUAAGAGAUCAAUAGAAGGGCACUAGUUGACUGAACUCACCUUCAGCUGUUAGAGCACUCCAUUUUGUAACAUUUAGCCUGUGUGUAGAGUGUUUUAUAGGUUUCUUUUUUUUUUUUUCAGGCUUGUGCAAAUCUAUGCAUAAGGAAAAAAAAACAGUCACUGAUUUUUGAGAGUGGACUUGUAGGUAAUUAACAGUAUAAUGCUUCUAUUACUUAAGAUGCAAAGGUGGCUAAUUAACUAAUGGGAGAAAUUGAGAUUUCAUUACUCUGUUAUCUAAGGAGGUGCCAACAAAAGAAGUGAAGCUGAAAGUAAUAUUUGAGCAUUCAGGCUUCCGUUUGCAAUGUUUUCUUUAGGAACUACCUCCCUGUAUCCUAGAUUCUUUGUUUGCUUGCUUUUGUUUUUAAUUUUUAAUUAAUUAAUUAAUUCGAACAUACAGUGUUUUAUUAGUUUCAGGUUUACAGUAUAGUAAUUCAGCACUUCUAUAUCCUAGAAUUUUAAAUUAAUGCUCAUGCAAGCCUCCAGUAAACCAAUAUAAAAGCGUGGUGGACUUAUAUGAAAGGAACCCAUGUUGAUGGAAAAAUGAGAACGUUAUCUUUGCAUGAAUGAGAAGAAGUAUUUUAAAAAAAGGUUUGAAACAUACCACCAGAAGGUCUCAAAUGGCCUUCGAUUUUGGAAGUUCUCCUGCACAGGGCAAAAAUGGCGAUUGUACUUAGCUAAAGUAAACCAAGUCCAUAAUUUAUUUUAACCUUUAUGAAGGACUCUGGGACCCUCAUUCACAAAACAUUGUAACUAUAAUUAUUUCAGUAAUUUUUAAAUGGGUACUUGAUAUGGUAAGAAUCCUGCACUCUGAUUUCAGCAAUUGUACUAAAAGGGGUUUUUAAAAAGUUCAUUGUUAGAUCUUUCCUUUUCUUCUCCUAGGAAUAUAUAAAGUCAUUUCUUGAAAGUAAUGUCUACUCUUAUAAACAUCACAACUAUUACCAUAACUUUAAAAAAUGGUUAUCCUAAAAAGAACCCCUCCCUGAAGAAAGGAUUGUUGACUUCUACUACAGUUAAUGACUGAAAGACACAAACUUAUUGAGUUUUUCCAAUAUUUUCCAUUAGAUCUUCUAGCUGGUUAUCACUGAUCUACAGGACAGCUAUUGAUUUUUGUAUGUUUAUCUUGCAUCCAAUCUUUUUAUUGAACUGUCUUGUGAAUACUAAUAGGUUUUCAGUUAAUUCUCCAGAGUUUUCUAGAGAACUAAUAGUUUUGACUGAAUGCAAUUAUAUAUAUAUUUUUCCCUUCUUUCUAAAAAUUAGACCUCUUAUUUCUGAUUUCUAUCUUACAACACUGGUCAGAAUUUUCAGACCAGUAAUAAAAGCCAGUAUAGGAUUGUGAACAUCUUUAUUUUAUGCCCAAUUUUAGUGAGCAUAGUUUAAGUAUGCUAUGAGAUACUUUUUUUCUUAAGAUCGUAUUUCCAAUUCCUAAACAUUUCUCAGAGAGAAGGAAUUUUAAAUUCUGUUAAAUUACUUCAAGUAUUGCUUUUAGUUAUGUGACCUUUCUGACUUGUUGUAUUUAUAAUAUUAAACAUGUUAGAUUUUUCUGAAAAUGAUCCGUAAAUUCUCUUUGCAUUUGUGGAAAAAAAAAAAACUACUGGUUGGCAAUAAAUUUUGAUAAAUAGUUUCUUGAAUUUUGUUUCCUUUUCCAUGAAAAUAGUGGAUAAGAGCCAAAGCUUUGGGAUAAGAAUUUAAUUUUAAUCUCAGCUUUAUCACUUAAAAUGUGAUGAUGGGCUAGUUACUUUAGUACUUUAAUUUUCUCCUCUGUAAUACGGGGAUAAUGAUAUCUACCCCAUGAAUAGACUUAGGAUAAAUAAUGAAUGUAAUGUACAUAACAAUGUACGUAAGUUUCACUUGGGAAGUGGCAUCUAUUUAGUGGUCAGUAAAAUGUGAAAAUUGUUAUUACUAUUUUAUCAUGAGUCUUAAAAAGCUAUUCAACUGAUAUUAGCCAAUAUAUUCUCUUUCUCUAUUUCUCUUUCUUGCUUUCCAACUGUAUGACUUCCUUGCCCUCUGUCUGAUCCUGUUCUUAGAAGGUUUUGGUAUUACGGUCAAUUCGUAAAGUUAAUUUGGAUAGCUUUCCUUUUUUUUUUAGAUUUAUUUAUUUAUUUAUUUGUCAGAGAGAGAGAGCGGGAGCUAGCAUAAGCAGGGGGAGCGGCAGGCAGAGGGAGGGGGAGAAGCAGACUCCCUGCCGAGCAGGGAGCCCCCCCCAGAUGUGGGACUCUGAUCCCAGGACCCUGGGAUCACAACCCGAGCUGAAGGCAGCUGCUUAACCGACUGAGCCGCCCAGGUGUCCGGAUAGUUUUCCAGUUUUAAUUAACACCGCAGAAUGUUAAUGUGCAUGAGAACUAGCUUUUCUCUGCGAGUUUGAAGGAUUUCACCAUUAAAACUGGCUUAUGAUUUGGGCACUUAUGAUUUGGGCACUUUUUUAUUUGCUAGAAUUCAAUAAAAAGUACAAAACCCCAUAAAGGAAGCAGGCCCGGGCACUUUGUUCCAUUGCUUUUCAAAUCACACACAUUUUCAACCCUAACAGAGUAGACGUGCUCUCUGACUCUGAUUUGGGCCUUUCCCAGCCUCUGCUGACUUUAGGGAAAAAGCAAAGAUGUCACAUUGCUCUCAUCCAUAAUUCCGUUACUGAGAUUUCGUGUUACUCGUGCAGAUCUUGAACAUGUAAGGUAAAGGUAACGCAUCGUUGGACCUGGAGUUAGUGCUUUGGCAUGGCUGAGCUACUCAUUAAUCAGGAGGCUGGUCGUUAAUGAGAAUCUAGUUGAGGAAAUAUUUAAUAUCCCAUUAGGGAAAGCUGCAUUUCCCUGUGGGUGAAUGUGGAUGCAGCCCCUCUGAGCUGUGGUGCUUUAGUAUCCUUUUUUAUUGAACGAGAAAGACAGACCAUGAAAUGACAGAUCCACUGUUAAUAGAAACAUCUGGUGCUCCUUAGAGCCACAACGCUGACAUAAUAAUUUGUAAAUAUUUUAUAUUGGUUUUGAGGAAUGGCAAAUUUCAGUUUUCAUUUAGCCAAACAGACAAAUUAUUUUGUAGGCUAUGGCAGGCAGAACGAAGACCAGAGGACAGAUAUUGCCUCAGUAUAAGGAAGAACUGUCUAGUAUUUCGAACUAGGCAAGAGUGGAGCGCAAUGCCUUGGGAGGCCAUGAGCUCCACAUAUUUUGGAUGUGUUCAUACUGGCUGAAUGACCCCAGGGCAUCUAACAGGUUAGAGAUUGGAGACCUUGUGUUUCCCAAAAGGGACACCGUUGUCCUUCUGGGCAGGAUGAUUCUUCCUCGAGUACUCCACCAAGCCUUGCAGAUCUGUCAAGCAUUUAAUAUCCUGAGCACUCCCUGGGCACGAAAUGCCUGUGGCGUCCUUUAGUCCCUGUAACAGACCAGAUGUUACUCUUAAUAUUCCCAUUUUACAGUUGGGAAAGUUGAGGCAUGGAGAGGUGCCUAAGGUCAUGUAGACUCCCCAGGACGAUCUGGAACUGGAUAGACUGGCUCCAGCCUCCACACGUGCCAGUUCUAUAUUCUACUUUGCCUGGAUAAGAACUGUUAGAAAGAAAGGAAACUCUCUCCAAGUUGACAAUAUGGGAUCACCUUCUAUUCUUACAAGGUAAGAAGAAUAUUUAAAAUGCCAAGUCUGUGUAAACAGUGCCCUGUGUUUACUCCCAAGAUUUGUCAAACAUUCAUCUGCCAAUGGGUGGCCUUUGUGUUAUUUCGAAUGGCCUUGCAAAGAGCAAAUUGUGACUUUGCAAUUAUUAAGGCUGAAGACCUUGUCCUAGAGUGUGUUACUGAGCAAAUUAUUCUUAUGUUGACUUGGUAUCACAGCAGAGAAGAAGGUUACAAACAUAGACCCAAGUUUACAUAAGUCAGAGCAUCAUCUCGUCUUAACAGGAGGACAGCCUAAGAGAAUGAGAACUUUUUGAUUUCUCACAUGUUGUCUAAUAAAUCCAGGGAGAUUUAGAAGGAAAAUCAAUCUGAAAAGGAGGCGAACUUUUAAUUAUCUAAAUGUGAGCAUGUGCAUUUAAGCUGAGUCAGGUAGAGCAUUUACUUGCAAGUGUGUGGAGGGAAAAAAAAUGGCAGUGAACCCAUUUGGAAGGUAAUACAUUUCUAUAAUAAGGGGAAAGAGGAAAAAAACAUGGGUAAACAAUUGCGAAUGGUGGUACACUAGUCCCCCCCUCCACCUUAUCUUGGAUACAUUCCUCUCUUGGAUACAUUCCAAGACCCCCAAUGGAUGCCUGAAACCACAAAUAGUACCAAGCCCUGUAUAUGCUGUAUUUUUUCCUAAACAUCCCUACCUAUGACAAAGUUUAAUUUAUAAAUUAGGCUUAGUAAGAGAUUAACCAUAUAACUAGUAAUAAAAUAGAACAGUGGUCACACUAAACUAUAAUAAAAGUUCUGGGAAUGUGGUAUGUCGCUCAAAAUCUUAAUGUACUGUACACAACCCUUCUUGUGAUUCAUGUGAGAGGAUAAAGUGCCUCCGGUGAGGGGACUGACAUAGGCAUUGUGAUUUGGCGAUUGGUUGCUUUUGACCAUCUGAUGACAGUAGGGAGAUCAUCUGCUUCUGGACUGUUGUUGACUGUGGGUAACUGAAACCACAGAAAGUGAAUCCAGGAUGAAGGGGGACUGCAGUAGAUGUCAUUUCCUUUAGCCCCCCC